AUGGUUGCAGAAUCUUUGGUAUGCUCAUCUUGGAGCUCGCUUCCCAGAAAGGGGCAGCUCGCAAUCCUGACAUUGGCGCGGUUGUCAGAAGGACUCACACAAAGCUCGCUGCAGGCGUACUUGUUCCAUCAGCUCAAGUCAUUUGACUCGUCCUUGCCGGACUCGACUAUCUCCGCACAGGUCGGCAUUGUACUGGGAAUAUUUCCUGCUGCGCAGUUCUUGACAUCAGCAUGGUGGGGCCGGCUGGCUGACGCCAACUGCAUGGGCCGUAAGAGAGUUCUUCUCAUCGGCUUAUUAGGUACAAUGAUCUCAUAUCUUGGAUUCGGAUUCUCGCGGUCUUUGGCUACUGCAGUAAUAUUCCGAACGCUGGGUGGACUAUUGAAUAGUAAUUUUGGUGUAAUGAGCACGCUAAUCUCGGAGAUCACGGUGGAGAAGAAAUUUCAAUCACGAGCAUUUCUGUUGCUCCCCAUGUGUUUCAAUCUUGGCGUGAUUAUUGGGCCUACCAUGGGAGGUUCGUUGGCCGAUCCGGUUCAGAAUUUCCCCCGUUUAUUUGGACCUCAUUCUAUCUUUGGCGGCACAGAGGGUGUCUGGUGGAUGCAAAGGUGGCCAUUUGCGUUGCCGAAUAUCUUGAGUACUAUCUUUAUCCUUAUAUCCUUUCUCGCGGUGUUCUUUGGUCUAGAUGAGACACACGAGAUAGCACGAUACCGCCAUGACGCUGGACGAGAACUAGGUCGGAGAUUAGCUAAAGCAUUUUCUGGCGGACGAGCUCAAUACACCCGCCCUCUCAGUAGAGCAACUGAUGACAACUAUAUCCUCCGAGAUACUCAUCUAGUAUCUGCACCAUCUAGCCCUACAUUUUCCGACACAUCGUUCAAACCUAAGCUUCGUCAACGACGUAAGUUAGGGCAGCUUUGGACACGCAAUGUCCUACUUACUCUUCUCUGCCACUUCCUCCUUGCCUUUCACACCAAUGCUGUUCAGACCAUGACAUUCAUCUUCUUGCCAACUCCCCGUGUCCCCACAGAAAGCCAUACUGGCAUCUUCCACUUUGGCGGAGGGCUUGGUCUGCCCUCAGCACAGGUUGGCCUCGCUACUGCUAUCAUCGGCUUGACCGGCCUUCCUCUUCAAAUCUUCGCCUACCCCCGUCUCCAAGGGAAGCUAGGAACCCUCGUGUCACUGCGCACCUUUGUGCCAUUCUCACCCGUUUCAUAUAUUCUGAUGCCAUUUUUGGUGCUUCUCCCGAACAUAUUAUGGGUUUUCUGGCCCGCUCUCACAUUUGUCAUAUUACUACAGGCGGUCUCCCGCACCUUCGUACUUCCGGCGACUAGCAUUCUAGUCAACAACUGUGUCGGUGAUCCAGCGAGUCUUGGCACAAUACACGGUGUUGCACAGAGUAUAUCCAGUGCUGCGCGGACAUUGGCUCCGGUUAUUAGUGGCUGGGGACUUGCUGCUGGCCUUCGAAAUAACAUUGUGGGUGCUAUGUGGUGGGCGUUAGGUAUGGAGGCUUUCAUUGGGUGGCUUAUGUUGUGGUGUAUCUCUGAGGGGAAAGGCAUUGACCCAGUGAAGGAGAAGAUGGAGGAGGACGACGACGACCAUUAG